CAAUGACGGGCCAGCGGGCCCCGAGACCCCUCCCCCUGCCCCGGCCCCCACCUCGCCGCCCGCGCCCGCGGCUGCCUGCGCCCGGACGCGAAAGCGCGGCGGGCCGACCCGACCCACCGAAAGGGCCUGAGGCGGGGGCGCCCGGGUUCCAGGGCCCUGGGGAAGGACCCCCAGCCGCACGCUGGCCCCAAGUGCAAAGCAUUGACACGGCCCCGAGAGGAGAGGGGGCGCCCUCCUUCUCCCGCGCCUGGCCGCCCGGCCGCUCUGGCCCGCGCCCCAGCUUGGCCUCCGACCCCGCUCCCGGCCGCGGCGCCGCCCGGGGCCCCUGCUCUCCGGAGGGAGGCUUCGGGCGCUGGAAAGAGAGGCCGGUGGGCGGGCGAGUCGGGAGGCGCGGGCGGCCGAGGUCCCGGAGCGGAAACCAGGUGGCGGGAGCCGGGUCCUUCUCCAUCUUCCCUCCCCAGCAGGUGUCUCUGCCAUCCAGGCCCCCACCAGCUCGCCCUCCACUGGAGCUUGGGAAGGAUUCUUUUUUUUAAUCAAGAAAUGGCCCACGGAGGAAGAUGGCAGAUAUGUGUUUACAGCUUUUCAUUUCCCUCUUUGCCUCUUUGUAAAUACCCUCUUCCAAGCUGGAAAAUAAAUUUCCAACCCUGUUGACAUGCAUCGAUUUUUCCCUCUUGCAUCUACCUCCCAGUCCCCCCCCCCCCCCCCAUCAGCAGGGCCUGUGGUUAAGCCCCUGGCCUGCGAUGGGCUCAGUGGUACCCCAGGGGAGUAGGUGGCUCCAGAGCACAGAACACACAGCCAAACUGCCCUAUUUUGCCCAGUGCGUGGCUCAGGGGAGAUCUGUAAACAGAAACAGCUCUAAUCCCUUUCUGCCGUGACAGUUCUUGGCUGGAGAAUGAGGUCGGUGGAGCAGGAAGUCAUCUGACUGGGAGGUUAGGGUUUCAGCAUCUUACCUGGACGGGAUAUAUGGAGAGGAGACCAGGGGACCACAGGACUGCUGCAAGUUUAGCAAAUGGAUCCAAAUGGGGUCUGCCCUGAGCAAUCAACUUUAUGAGCAAGGGGCAUGCCAACAGGGCCUGGGACCAACAGGGCAAACUGAGAGAGAAGGGCUAAGGAGACGGGGGCUUGACUGCAUCCUGCGGGGCUCAGCAGGAUUGGCAGUUUCCUGCUGGAAAUCAGAGAGACGGCCCAGAAGCCCACUAGGAGGUGGACACAGCUAUGGGCUGCUUGUCUUAUACCAGUCCUGGGCAUGGAAACUACUGCUCUCUCCUGCAGAGUAUGGCUGAGGGAAGCAGAGGUCUGUUCAGGGAAACAGAGAUGGAGUUGGCUGAGAAUGCUUCUAGAAACCCAGAGCCCUGUCAAAGGCCACACUCUGGGUGGGAGCCAGCCUCUACCCCAGGGCACUUUCCAGGAGGUUAAAAGGGCAGCAGUUAAAGGAGGCAGCCUGUAGGGAGGCCCUGCUAGUCUCCACACUCAGACACGCCCACCUUCCAGGCUGGGCUGCUCCCCUACACCUUCCCUCUUCCUGCCCCUCUCCGAGCUCCACACUUCAGUGGUGGCUCUUCUCACCCUCAGGCCCCUCCCUGAGGCUGCAGAGCUGGGUUGCAGAGAUGCUAACAGACCAGGCAUCCUCUUUGUCCAGCACAGAGGUCUAUGGAGGAUGGGGGCAGGGGGAGACUGAGAAGGGACCACCUUUUCCCUCUAGCAGGGAUUUUUGUUCCCUUCCCAGGCAUGCUUGUGGAAGGAAGGAGGGCAGCUUCUCGAAGCUGAGGGGCUGAGGAUGAAAAGGCUCCUCUGCGGUCAGAUAAUAGGAAUCCGGGUUGGGCCGAUGGAAUUCAGGAGUAGAUGAGCAGCAGGGCUAACUCUGGCCUGGUUAUCUCUGGGCUUAACACCUAUGUCUGAGCACAGAGCCCUGGCCCACUGACGCCACACAACUGCUAGUGAUCUUACCCCACACAUGCAGCCUGGCAUUCCUGAGAGCUCCAGCCGUCGGCCUGAGGCCCGCAGCCCCUGGGUAGGCAUGUGCCUUCUUUCCUGGCUGGAGUCUCUUUCAACUCACAGGGCUCCCACAAAUGUGCUUUGAUCCUCCUAGCCCAGCUCUUGUUCCCGACCCCCACAGGUACUGAGACCCAGAAUGUCACAGAAUGAGACCAAGAUCACAUGGCCUACCCUGCCCUCCAUUCCCCAGUUCCAAACAUUGAGGAUAAAGAUCUGGUGCUCCUGGCUCAGGAUACCACGAACUGCUUCCCUUGGCACUGGGGCCGUGCAUGUGCCUAAUAACCUCAGGGUUUGCAGGGGAGACCUAAGAUCCAGGGAAGACCUCAGAUCUUCCUCCAGACAGGGGCGUGAUAACAGGAGAUGAGUAGGCCGGAAUGUUAGGGAAGGGAGAAUAAAAGUAGAAAAGAGGUGGGGAGGGAGGGAGGCCUGAGGAAUGAGGAGGACUCAGGACGGAGGGUCAGCAUUCAAAAGGCCUCUCUUACCACAUCCUCCACCCCCUCUCCCUGGAGCCGGCUGUGUGUGUGUGUGUGUGUGUGUGUGUCUGUGUGUGUGUGUUGGGGGGAAGCAGUGCAUUUGAGUUCCAGGUGGAGCAGCUCACAGCCCAGCCCCAGAUUCCUUCAUAGCCUUUGAACAGCUGAUGAGCAAUGAUGGGAGGUGGGGUCUUAGCCAGAAGGUGUGCUGGCUGGGGGCUGGAGCCUUUCCCCAAGUCCCUCCUGUAACGACCGUGACACGGCACUAAUCCCAGGCAGAGAAAGACUGGAACCAGAAAUGCUGCCACACCCUACUCACAGGAAGCCCACAUUACCCAAGCCCUCCCAAGUCUUGGCUUCAAAGGAGAAGAUCACAGGAUCCCCCUCCCAGACCACCUCGACCAGCCCCCCAUGUGCAGUGACCCUCUCAGUGCCACUCUAUUAGUAUAACUUUAAAUCCUGACCAAGGCAGAGCAUGUCCUGCCACAACACAUUACGCAUGGGGACAGCAAAGGCUGAGCUGACCUGGCUCACGUUUCCCUGGUUUUGAGGUAUUUGAUAAAUCUGGCUGAAGCUAUGCUUAAGAUCAGCCCGACGUAGGAGCAGGCCUGAGCUGAAACUCCCUUGGCAAGAAGGAGGGCUCCUGGAGUAGGAGGCUGAGCUUCCUCCAGCCCCAGUUCUGCCCCAGACAUGCCGAAUGACCUGGACAAGUCACUUCACUUCUCAUCUGCUUCAUCAUCUGUCAGGCAGGAGGGGAGGGGCUGCUCAGGCAACCUCACUGCAGGUGCGAGGCUCGAAAGAAAAAACGACGUGAUGGGGCUUUAAGCAGCAGAACACACACCGAAGACGUGUGAGAGACCACUAUUAUUGCAGUGGGGUCCUGGUUAGAAAAUCAGCGUUGCCAUCGCUGGUGUUUCAGCAGGCUGAGGCCCCUGGAGAAGUGCUCCUCACCCAGGGGGCCUGAAAUGCCCUCCUAGCUCCAGGUCCUCGGCACGACACUGAGGGCAGAGCCCCGGCAGAUGCCAUGUGAGGUCGACUCAGGGUCAGGCAGCACAGCGACAUGUCUUUGGUGGUAGAGAAUGCCCAGCCAGGUGCUGCAACGUGACUUCUUUGUGGGUGCAUCUGCAUGUGGGGUGGCUGCGGGUGCUCACGAGGGCCCCACAAACAUGCCCACUAGGCAUGGCUAUGAGGAGGAGGCAGGGCUUGGAAAUUCUCCCGCAGAGCCAGGUGUCUGGCAGCUGGCCUGGACCUGCCUAUCUCCUAAAGUCCAGCCUCAAAACUCAGAAGACCCCACCAAGCGCCCAGGCGGGGUCUUCCCGAGCUGCCCUCCAGGGCCCCAAGACAGCACCGGGGCCUGCAGACACAGGAGAGACACUGCUCCUUGAACGCUGCUGGCCUGACGGGCUAGAACCACAUCUGGUUCUUAUUCAAAUGUCCAAACGUAAUUAAAUUCUCUAUGAUGCAGCGGAAGAGUUUGGUAAGAUGUGGCUUUCCCCCUUUUCCAUCAAGGUUAAGAAAUCACAGCCUCUCCUUCCACUGGCGGACCCACUCUCCCCAGUCACUGAUCUGUGCUAUUCUGCCAAGGCCAAAGCCCAGGCUCUGCUCUGUUUCCUAGAGCUGAUGGGGCUGGGGCCAGAGUGGGAGCUGUGGAGUCCCCCUCCCCCACUGUCCCACUUACCCACCUGAGAGGAUUAACAGCUGAGGCCAAAGCAGCAGGCUCGAGACUGAGCAAGUUGGUGCACUGAGGGCUGGGGGUGGGGAGGGGAGCAGCCCUGAGGACAGAGCUGCCACUCCCAGGCUCACCUCAGUGACACACCACUGUCCUCCUUCCACUGCCUAGAUGUGAGGCGUCUUGUAAUAGUCUGCCAAGGGAUCUUUCCUUGUAGUUCCUCACAAUAGGAAGCACUUCAGAGUUAGGAUUCUAGAGUCUCUGGCCUGGCCCUACAGCCCCUCUGUGGGAAAUGGAGCUUUCCAGAGUCAGGCCAGGGUGAGGCAAUCCCUGCUGCACCUCUUACCUCUCACCUCGCACCCUCAGGACUGCUGCAAGGAGCACCCUGCCCCCCCGCCCUCCCUCAUGCACGAAGGAGGGAGGCGUGAGAAACACUGGAGGAACGGAGAAGGCCAAGAGCAGCA